UGGAGGAAGAAGAUAAUAAAAAUGAGAAAAGAAAAAUCUACCGAAAGUUUAUAAGACCAGAUUAUAAACCAAGUAUGGUUUCUUCUCAAACUGCUGCAAUUUGGAGACAACGUGCUUUACAAAGAAAUACACAAUCUACACCAUCUGAUGAUAACAGAAUAGUUCACCAACUACACGAAUCCAGUGAUGACAAACAUGAAUCUGAUGUUGAAACAGUUUCUUCAUUAAGCUCUAAUGAAAUGUCUAUUAGUGAAAAUUCACUUAUUAAUGAUGUGCCUAGAGACGACGAAAUGCGGAUGGACACUAACCAAGAUUUCGACGAAGAAUUGAAUGAGCAUUCCGCCUCAGAAUCAAACACACAAAGUGAAGAUUUAGAUAGUGAAGAAUCAGAUCCCGAAUUUUUUGACAAUGUUGAGGGUAAUGAAGAUCCAAUUAAUAUAUAUCCGUGGGAAAAUAGAAUUAUGUUCUCACAAUCUAACUUAACAGUCAGAGAUGUAGUAGCAAUGACAAGAGGGUUUAGUUUACGAUUUGGACUGUCAUAUCAAGCACGGUUAGAGUUAACUAAUUUAUUAAAGUUAUGUGCAGGUCCUGAUUUUGACAGUCUAAAUCUGUCAAAUCAUAAAAUGUCUCGCAUGUUUGAACCUCCGGAAAAAUCAAUAACAUUUUCCUUCUAUUGUCCAGCUUGUAAAAAAGUACUGAUCUCAAAACAGAAAAAAAAAUCACAAGCAAUCCCUGAAGGAUUAUGCGAUAAAUGUGGAUCGCAAUGUAAUUUAUCGACUAAAAAAGGAAAAUACAUGUUGAUGGUAGAUUUAAAAUACCAAAUUGAACAAUUGUUAAAACUUAAUGAUGUAAAAACUUUUUUAAUCGACAGACAUAGAAGGCAAAACCCUGUUAACGAUAUUGAUGGAAGUAUAACAGACGUUCAAGACGGAACUUUGUAUAAAUUAAACAAUCCUACAAAUUCGCGAAACGUUUUGACGCUAAAUGCAUUUUUUGAUGGGGCAACCAUGAAAAGAAGUGGUAAUGAAAGUUUUUGGGCUAUUUUGGUAUCUAUGAACGAAUUACCAAUCAAUUUGAGAUUUAAAUACAUUAUGGUAGGAGGACUUAUGAUGGUUGAUAAGGAACCAAGCCCUGAUUUAAUAAAUGCCUUUUCAGAAGAAUUUUUAAAUUUAAUUGAAAUUUUGAAUACGCAAGGUGUUGAUUUAAUAGUAGGUAAUCGUCGCAUUAAUUUCAUCAUAAAUCUUUUGUUUAUUGUUGCAGACUCAGUUGCUAGGCCCUUAUUGCAGAAUCGAUGUCAAUAUAAUUCGUAUUGCGCAUGUAGUUACUGUUAUCAACUUGGACUGUAUAUUAAUCUCGUUAAAUAUAUCUUUGAUCCCGAUUUUAUCCUCAGAUCGCAUGAAUCUCAUGAACAGGAUGUUGAUGCUGUUAAAGAUCGCCAACAAAAUGUCAGACAUAGACAAAACAGUAGGAACAUAAGGAAUGAUCGUCGUACUUUCGUCAAUGGAGUUAAAGGUCCUUCGAGUUUCAUGAAUUGCAAUCAACGCGUUGAUAUGGUUUGGAGCUUUUCAUUCGAAUAUUUACAUGCUGUUCUUAUUGGAUCCGUUAAGCAACUAUGGGAAAUAUGGGUUGCAAAUGGUUUCUUAUCUCAAAAAGAUGUUGCAGACAUUAACGGAUUAAUUAGUACCAUUACAAUGGUUUUCAAAACACAUCGAGUUGCGCGAGGAUUUUCGUUCAAGUCAAAGUGGAAAGCAUCUGAGUGGAAAUCGUGGCUAUUGUUCUAUGGAGUGCCCUGCUUGAGAAAAUAUUUACCUCCCCACUGCCUCGAGCACUUUUCACUAUUAGUCAAUACCAUUUUUACUUUAUUGAAAACGAAAAUCACAGUGGAAGAGUUACUUCAAUGUGAAUUGGAUAUGAUACAAUUUGUCGGAGAUUUCGAGAUUUUAUAUGGUCAAAUAAGUAUGACUUUUAACGUACAUCUUCUACUCCACAUAGUUGAAUGUGUUCGACGUUGUGGCCCACUGUGGGAAACUUCGGCAUUCUGCUUUGAGAGUCACCUGCAUGUGCUGAAGCAGUUUGCACUAGGUCCUAAAAAACCAGAGCAGCAAAUGGCCUCAAAAUCAUUGGACAUCCUACAAUUUAAGAUUGAAGCAUCGAAAAACAUUUUUCAUUCUGAGACUGCCAGAUUGUAUUGUCAAAGAAUAUUUUCUCCUGCUUUGCUAUCGACGUAUGUUUCUGGAAGUACCUAUGGUGUAACAUUCUGUGGAAAGAGUUCACAUGUUCGAAUUACAAAUCCUGCUAACAAUGAAAUAAUUGAAGGAGAAUCUUUUUUAAAAUGCAUUUAUAAUGGUUGUGUUUAUAAAAGCGUAAAAAAUACUCUUUCUGAAAAAAGGAAUGCUACAGUUUUCAAAUUAAUCUCCGGUGAUGUUGUUCAAGUCCAAGAUAUUGUGAGAACAAACGACUCUUGCUUCUUGUCAGUAAUUAACUUAACUGUUAUUGACGACGAAUUAGUGAGACAUUUGUUUAGAGUUCUAGAAAAAGGUAAUACAGAAAUACUAAUAUCUAUAACUGAUGUUACUGAAAAAUUAAUAUUCAUCGAAUGUGAUGAAAAUAGUUAUGUCUGUCAAUUACCUCAGAGUAUCGAAAUACAGUAGAGUAAGCAACGGCGAAUACAUAACUGUACCGAUUUAUAUUUUCGUAUGUGCAUUCUUCAAUUUCUCGAAACUCUUUGCUAAUUUUCAAGCGAAUCAUAUGUAUAAUUUAGAAAUGGUGAUU